UGGCCUUGCAAGACAACGCACGCGCGUCCCGCAAGUUUCAGUCGAUAUAUACAUUCAGUGUGUAUAUGCAUCCAUCUUUCAGGGAAAAAUAUUCUGCACCAAAUUAGCUACUCUUCUUUUAAUUUAAAAAUUAGAUUAUUAUUAUUAUUAUGUAUUCACACGCAGAGUCUUGUACUUACACAUAUACACGGCAAUAUAUAAAUAUAACAUUGUGUUUGUCGUCUCUCUCUCAUCAAAACCCAGAGCAGUUAGAGAGAGCUUAUUGGAACGGGGAUCUUAAUUCGUAUAUUUCUCUCCGAACAUCAAAAUUUGAGUUUUUUUUGGUGGAAAUUAAGAAAUUUUGAAUUUUCCGUUUGUUUGGGGUGAAAGGUAUUUUCUGUUUUGCGUGGAAGAUUUUUUGGGAGGUGCUAGAGUUUGUAAGAGGAAUUAGGGUUUCGGAGUAAAAAUUUGUCUUUUUUGUCAUUGAAUUGGGAAUUCUGGAGCAGGAUGAUAAUAAAGAAGAACUUGAAAUCGGUAAUGCCGAGUUUGAAGCGGUGUCGAGUGGGUGAGUUGGGCGGUGAGGACGACGAGUCAUCGGGGAAGAGGAAGAAACGCAAGUCCACCAAUGGGUGUUACCCUCUGCACCUUCUUGGAGAGGUUGCCGCCGCUAUAAUUCCGUUCAACGCCUACAGUAUCCAGCGAAUUCUCACAGCCGCCGCCGCCGCCUCUGAAGGCCGUGGAGCAGCUGCAGAGGUGGAAACGAAGGCUUCUAGCUGCCCUGUCCGCGAGCCGAAAUCGAAGAAGAUUGCACAGCCCCCGCUGGUGAGAACGUCGCGGGGGAGGGUUCAAGUACUUCCCUCUCGUUUCAAUGAUUCAAUUCUUGAUGACUGGAAGAAAGAUAAGAAUAAAAAUGCAGUUAAAGAUUCAGUUUUUGACCAAGAAACUAUGCCAUUUAAAAAAGAAAAGGAUAAAGUCAGUUUGAAAAGCUCCAGAAUCCGGGGCAAUAAUGUAAACUGUAAGAAGCGUAAGAUUGAUAAGAAUAGCUACCAAUGUCGUAAGUUCUCGCCAUUGUCAGAGGAUGAGAUAGAGGAAUUGAGGUCUGGCGUGUUGAAGAGUUCUGAUAUUAGGAAGUAUUCUAGCUCAUUAAGGUUUUUACAUAAGCAUUUGUUAGAUAGCGAGGAGUUGGAGGAGGGUUUACUAAGUGGCUAUGAUAAAAUAUAUAGGCCUGAGGAUUUUUCAUCCGGUGAUAUAGUUUGGGCAGUAUCGGGGGACCAAUGUCCUGCUUGGCCCGCUAUUGUGCUUGAUCAAGAGUUGCAAGUUCCCCAGCAAGUUUUGAAUUUCCGGGUUGCUGAUGCAGUUUGUGUAAUGUUCUUUGGUUACUCAGGAAAUGGGACGCAAAGGGAUUAUGCAUGGAUUCAAUGCGGGAUGAUAUUUCCAUUUGUAGACUAUGUAGACAGGUUUCAGGGGCAAACUCAAUUGAAUGAUAGCCAGCCUAAUGAUCUUCGUUCUGCUAUAGAGGAGGCAUUUUUAGCAGAAAAUGGCUUUAAUGAGAUGUUGAUGGUUGAAAUCAAUGCUGCAGCUGGUAAUUUAGAUUAUCUCCAGUCUCUUACAAGAGGGGUCUUUGAUUCUUCUGAUGCAAAUCAGAUCACUGAUUGCAACUCUCUAAAACAGGACGUGUUCAAAAUGCAAGAGACAAGAUCUUGUGAGGCCUGUGGCUUGAGCAUUCCCCAAAAUAUAUCUAAGAAAUCAAAUGAUACCAAUGUUGGGACCCGUCGAUUGUGUGGUUCUUGUGCAAGGUUGAAAAAAAUAAAACAUUUUUGUAGCAUAUGCAAGAAGAUUCGGAAUCAAUCUGAUAGUGGAACUUGGGUACGCUGUAAUGGUUGUAAAGUCUGGAUCCAUGCAGAGUGUGACAAAUAUUAUGGGAAUAAUUUCAAGGAUCUGGGAACCACUGAUUAUUACUGUCCUGAAUGCAAAGCAAGGUUCAAUUUUGAAUUAUCAGACUCUGAAAAUUUGCAGAAUAAAGCCAAAAAUAACAAAAAGAAUGGUGACUUGGUGCUGCCCAUCAAGGUUGCUGUCAUGUGCUCAGGCGUGGAAGGCAUUUAUUUUCCAAGUCUUCAUUUAGUUGUUUGCAAGUGUGGGUCUUGUGGAAUAGAAAAGCAAGCACUUAGUGAAUGGGAACGGCAUGCGGGUUCAAAAGCCAAAAACUGGAAAUCAAGUGUUAGGGUAAAAGGUUCCUUGAUACCUCUUGAACAAUGGAUGCUACAGGUAGCAGAAUAUCAUGCACUGAGUCUUGUUCCUGCCAAACCCCUUAAGCGGCCUUCCAUCAAAGCACGGAAGAAUAAGUUGCUUACUUUCCUGCAAGAGAAAUAUGAACCUGUUUAUGCCAAGUGGACAACAGAAAGGUGUGCAGUAUGUCGGUGGGUUGAAGAUUGGGACUACAACAAAAUUAUAAUAUGCAUUAGAUGUCAAAUAGCUGUGCAUCAAGAAUGCUAUGGAGCAAGAAACGUUCGUGAUUUCACUUCAUGGGUCUGUAGAACCUGUGAGACACCUGAUAUUGAGCGGGAGUGUUGCCUCUGUCCUGUGAAAGGGGGUGCUCUGAAACCUACGGUUGUUGAGCCAUUAUGGGUCCAUAUUACUUGUGCUUGGUUUCAACCUCAAGUUUCUUUUGCAAGUGAUGAAAAGAUGGAGCCUGCACUUGGAAUCGUGCGAAUCCCUUCAAACUCUUUUGUGAAGAUUUGUGUAGUUUGCAAGCAAAUUCAUGGUUCUUGCACGCAAUGUUGCAAGUGCUCCACCUAUUACCAUGCUACGUGCGCAUCAAGGGCUGGUUAUCGCAUGGAGCUCCAUUGCCUGGAAAAGAAUGGGAAGCAAAUUACAAAAAUGGUUUCAUAUUGUUCUUACCACAGGGCUCCAAAUCCAGAUAAUGUGCUAAUCAUAGAGACUCCAAAAGGGACAUUCUCAACUAAAAGCCUUCUUCAAAACAGAAGGCAUACUGGUUCCAGGCUAAUUUCAACAAGUAGGUUGAAACUAGAGGAAGCUCCCUCAGUAGAGAUUGAUGAGGUUGAUCCAUUCUCUUCCGCAAGGUGCCGGGUCUUUAAAAGAUCAAAUAGUAAGAGGGUAAGAGAGGAAGCUGUUGCCCACCGAAUUAUGGGACCUUCUCUUCAUCCCUUAACUGCUAUACAGAGCUUGAAUGCAAACAGAAAAAUAGAGAAGCCUAAGACCUUUUCUACCUUCAAAGAACGACUUCAUCAUUUGCAGAGGACAGAAAAUGACCGGGUUUGCUUGGGUAGAUCUGAAAUACAUGGAUGGGGUCUAUUUGCACGUAGAAACAUCCUUGAAGGAGAAAUGGUUGUGGAAUACCGUGGUGAACAAGUUAGGCGAAGUGUUGCAGAUCUUAGAGAAGCACGUUAUCGUGCAUCGGGGAAAGACUGCUAUCUAUUCAAAAUCAGUGAAGAGGUUGUGGUGGAUGCCACAGAUGCUGGAAAUAUUGCAAGAUUGAUCAAUCAUUCUUGCAUGCCCAACUGUUACGCAAGGAUUAUGAGUGUAGGUAAAGACGAGAGUCGGAUUGUACUUAUUGCCAAGACAAAUGUGCCUGUUGGCGAUGAAUUAACGUACGAUUAUUUAUUUGAUCCAGACGAGGGGGACGAAUUCAAAGUCCCUUGUACUUGUAAAGCUCCAGAGUGUCGAAAAUUCAUGAAUUAGGAUACACAAAAGUAUAGCCAUUGUUUCUUUUCAAGGAAUUCUAACCACCUCACAGCUUGCUUACCGGCGUUGUAAUUUUUUUCUCAUAGAAAAUAUAAAUAUUUUUUAUUUUUUAUUAUUAUUUUUUUUCAUAUAUUCAUCAAAGCAUAAUAAUAGGCCUCAGUUGCCGUGUGAACAAAGACAAGGUCAUCAUCCUUGUAGUUAAAAGUAAAGAUGACAACAUUGUUUUAUUCUUCCAUUGAUAACCAUAAAUUGUCAAAUUAUUUAUUUUAAUA